GAGUGUCCUCGCCUUCUGGAGUUGCUCCAAGAAGGGGCAAUGGCAUACCAGAAAGGCUUCAUCAACCUGGCCCGUCCUCCUCGCGUCACCAUCCGCUUCAUCCGCACCAUUGAGCCCGCCUACCCUCUGCGCGAGCUCCUCACCGCAGCGCGACAG